AUGGCUACUUCGUAUCCGCUUAGCCAGAAGCUCCGACAAGGUUCCCCCGGUAGCAAUGACCAUUCACCGGCCUCAUCCAUCCGCGGCUCUCUUCGCGGCCUGAAGCCUCGUCAGGGCUCUGUAUCCUCUCAGCGAUCUCUUACAGAACAGUCGAACGCUGGAUCGUUUGAGACUGCCCGUGGUUCUCCUCACUCAGAGUAUCGCCAACGAUCUUCGCUCGAUUCACCGUUGCGACAAGGCACUCCCAGUCGCACACCAUCUCCCCGUCUCAACGGCCAUAGCAACCUCCCAAGACAUGGCCAUACCGGAAGUGAACCGCCGGCCGUUACCUUCCCGCGGAUGCCUAUCCGCCAGUCAACGCCGCAGUUGAGAGCAUCGAUGGAUUUCGAAGUGACGGACGAACUCAUGGCAGAGAUCAACUACGCCCACGAUCUGGGCGUCAACGGCGCGGCAGGUGUUGCGUACGCUGGCGGCGCGUCUACUAGCCAUUUGGGGUUCUACGGCGCUCUUCCCGGCGCCAGUCCAACUACGGCGCGAUACGAGCCACCUCGACAAGACGACCGCGCUCCCCAAGUAGAUCGUAAAGAGCCACCGCGUUCAGCUGCGGUCUAUGGCAGUGGAACGGGCCAUCGUUCUUUUGCAGACCUUCAUUCUAUUACCCGUGCGGAUUCCCCGUAUUACUACACCCCUCUCAGCACACCCUCGCUCCUGCCUGCGUUCCCCAAGCCACCGGACACUUAUUUCGGUCUCGAUGGUUCAGGUCCGACACGAGCCGGCGGGUCUCCACAAUCAGGUCACCGCCAAACGCCGCCCGUCCUAGCGCGCACAUCACAGCAACCCCCGCAUACAGGCGGCCCUAUACGCACGCCGGACAAGUCACUUCCGCUACAAGAGGAUGACGACGACGAAGAGAGCUCGCCGAGUCAGACAACCGACUCUGUCGAGACAGACCGCGACGUGCGCGGCGUAUUCUCUCCUGCACCCGUAUUGCCUCAAGUCUUGCGUCGUCAGCAGAAUCUCAUGACCGCCGUGGACCCAGACGCGCCCGCAUCGCAUCAUCACCACCAGCGCUCACAACAACCUCAAGCUCGCUCGCACGAAGCACCAACGCAGGCACCCGCGCCUCCACCGCCACCGCCACCGCCACCGCCGCCAGUUUCCGUACCAUCGCCGGACGCCAUCGAAUCCUCCUCGUCCUUCGACUCUCAGCAAAGCGGUACACCUCGAUCUUCGCCGAUCACGCUCAUCGAGACGACACCAUCGCCGCCGAAACUGACACCAACGGUCGUAUCUCAACCUCUUGCGCCUCAUGCUCCUACGCAACCUCAUCACCCACAUGUCAACGGCAAUGGAGCACACAAGAUGAACGGAGUGAACGGUACUCAUACUCAUACCGCCCCGAUCGCUCAUACAGGUGGGACCACGAAUGGCGCGCAUACAAACGGGCAUGCAGUCAACGGCACGCACAAUAACCGGCACAAGGCUCCUGCUCGCAAUGCGCCAUCUACUGAGCCUAUACAUGCCCAGCCUUACAUGCACGGUCCACCACAGAUGCAUCCCGCAUACGCUCCGCACUACCAAGCGCCCACGCCAUCCAUCUCGCAGUACGACGAGCGCGCUAGCUACUACGACCCAAUGGCGGCAUACUACCAAAGCAUGAUGCGCCCACCAUACCCCCUACCGCCAACACCGCAGAUGCAACCCGCCAUCCCGCAGCCUCUCCGUUAUCCUGCAGCUCCUACAUUCCCGUCGCACUUGCCGUCCCCGUCGCCCGCUCUGUCCGGAAGCGUCAUUCUACCCCCGUACAGUCCUGUCCCCGGCCCCGUCGGCUCACCGUACCCAUUCCCAUUCGGACACAUUCGACGAGGGCAGGUUGCGCAUCAACCUCCCGCACCUCCCAGCCAGUCUGAUAUGGGACGAGCGUACGAUCCUGGAGUCAUUCGCGAGCAGCUCGCGCGGCAGAUGCAGGCGUAUGCGUUGAACACUGCGGCAGCGCCUGCACCGAGCGAGAGUACGCUCUCGCCGCGGAGUACGCCGUUCCCCGGACCCGCGUACAACCCGUGGCUGUACCUUCAGACCAGCCGUGCCUAUGCACCGCCGCGUCCUAGUACGGCGGCCAUGAGUAUGCGCUCGUCACCAAGCCACGAGCCGCUCCCGUUACCGACUUUCCCGGCUGCUACGCGCGCACGUCCAGGCCACAAGCACAGACUCCGUGAGAACGCUCGUCCUCAUCCGAACCCUCCGCCUCGCGUCGAGAGCACACAGCCGCGCGAGACAAGCCCAGAGUUGAGCUCGGGAGAGGAGACGGCCGGCCCCGACCGCUACAGUGUCGAUGGUGACGGUGAUGGGUUCCUAUCGGGUUCUAGCACGUGGAUGGCGCCGGAGGAUGCGCCUGGCGCUGACGACGCGCCCCGUUGGCCAUGGGUGGAUGAAGAGCCGGAUAUGGAUGGAGAUGACUUGCUUGAUCUCGAGUUCCAUCCUGAGUACGUUGCGAAUCCGGAGAAGCGUCAGAAGCGCAUUGAUGGGCGGUGGGACGCUCUGCUUCGUGCUUUCAGCGCACUCGAUCGCGAGACCGAUACGACAAUGCUGCUACUCGCCGCACCACCCGACGCUACCGCUUUACGCCUCGUCGCAUCGCGCGCCAUCCGACGCUCGCCGAUCAUGCUACAAUCCGCCGGCAUGGGUGAUAUGCGACAAUUGUUCGAGACGGUGGCGACGCAGCGCGCAGGUGAACGUUCUCAAGUGGCUGCCCUCGUCGACCGACUUGCUCAGCCGGAAUCUGAAGAGGGUCUACGCCGCGCUCUCGACACCGCGCUUGGGAGCCUCUCGACCCUGGGGAGGAUGUACGAGGAGCGCGAAGCUCGGUGGAAAGCAGAGAUGUUAAAACUGGAUCAGGACAGGGAGCGCGUGCAGAUGUUGCUCGCGCAGGUGCUGGGGAACAGUGUGCCGCAACCAGAGGCCCCCGUUUCGAAUGGACCGUUAUGA